CCUUCCCUCUUUUUUUCUCAGCAGACGACCAACAGCCAUUCUUUAGCACUCACUGUCUCUUCUCGACAAUGUCAUUCACACUCUCGUCGCUUGCUUUCGUGCUGGUUUCUGCGCUUCAUGUCUUUGCCGAAUCGCACACAGUUCGCUUCCAAAACAACUGUGGCACCGGCACUCCGAAACUCGUCCAAGGAGGAAAGAUUCUGUCGACUGGUGAAGACUAUACGAGUAAUGGCCCCAUAAACUCCGCCAUUGCCUAUCUUGACAGGAACGAUGAAUGUCUUCUCAACGGCGAGCAUUGUACGCUCGUCGAGAUGAAUAUGAACAACCCUUCGUGUCCAGGGUGCGGAUCAAGCGUCGACAUCUCACUUAUCCCGAGCCAUGCCUUCAACGUUGAAACAUCUUUCGCAUUCUUCGGCGGUGACGGUGAUGUCUGCGACGGCCUCGGCGCAGUUUGCGCAGACUCAAACUGCAAGACUGCAUUCUUCCAACCGAAUGACAACUCUGUCCAACGGUCAUGUCAAGCGAAUAAUGUGAACCUCCUUAUCACGUUCUGCGACGGUGUCAAGACUUCCGAGUUUACCGAAGCUGUCGUUGGGUCUAUGUCUGGAGGUAACGUGCGCGGCGAUUCCGGUAUUGCGAGCAGUUCGAGCAAAGCUGAGCCCUCGUCGUCACCGACAAACGCUGCUCCAUAUUCGAGUACUUCCGAGGCGUCUUCCACUUCCGUUCCUGCCCAAGAGCAGUCCAACACUGCAGUUAAUUCCUCACCUGCCGACAACUCGAGCGCAGAUACCUCUAUCCCAGUUCACACUGCCUCUGUCUCUGGCUCGGGAUUGACCUCAGGUUCAGGAUCUACCGUCUCCACCGCUACAAAGGCAUCCCCUACAUGCAAGCGCUCGCGCUCCCGUCGUUCCAAGCGCGCUGCCACGCUAUCCAACCACGCACGCUCGCAGUCUCGUGCUCGUGCACUUGCUGGCGUUCACGGCUCUUCCACAUUCUAACGGGGUUUUCAACUGGGAGUUCCCUUCCUUUCGGUUGGUUAGUAUAUCCACUAGGUGCACGAUCGUCUCUCCCGCGAGGGCUUUGUUCUCUCCGCCAAUCUAAGCCUCGAGCUUUUUUCUUUUUUCGUGGUAUGAGACCUCGCUUGCGAGGUCACCUUUCGUCAUUGUCCCCCCCGUCUUUCUUCCGAUUGGUCGACCUUGCGAGCGAGGUCUUCAAG